GUGACAGUGUGACAGAAAUAAUCAUAACCUCAAUCCUUUUGAGAAUCGACAUUGCCUAGAACCAACAAAUCCACGCAUUCUUUAAUAAUUUACUUAUUUUGAGAUUGUUUUACAAGUAAAAAAUGUCGAAGGGCUACGGCGAUGACUUCGAGCAGGGUUAUGACUAUGGAUAUGAUGAUUAUGGAUCUCAUACAGGAGAUCCAAACUUGGACGAACAUAAUAGACAACACUUUAAAAUGCCCGAUAGUGUGAAAAACUUCUUGGUCUACUUUCGUAACAAUGUAAAUGAGGGAUUAAUUUUUGAGUUGCAAGCAUUGUAUGAACACACAUGGCCUAAGCUUACAGAAGACUACUUUGAAAAGAGGCCAUGGCCCGAAGAGAAUGAAGUAGCUGCUAUUGUAGACAAUGAUCCUGUAUUUAUGAUUUUAUAUAAAGAACUAUACUUCCGCCACAUUUAUGCCCGCAUCCAAGGAGGUCCGUCUUUGGAGCAGCGAUUCAAUUCCUUCUUCAAUUAUUGCGACUUAUUCAAUUACAUUCUUAGCGCCGAAGAACCCGUCCCACUCGAACUACCCGAUCUCUGGUUGUGGGAACUUAUCGACGAAUUCGUCUACCAGUUCCAGUCCUUUGCUCAAUACAGAGCUCGUUUACAAAACAAGAAGCCUUUGGAAUUGGAGACGUUGAACUCUAAUAAUAAAGUGUGGAAUGUGUUGUGCGUUCUUAACGUUUUGCACUCUUUGGUGGAUAAGAGUAACAUUAAAGCAGCAGCUGGAAGUGUAUGCUAGUGGGGGUGAUCCGGAGUCUGUUUCUGGCGAAUUCGGCAGCCAUUCUUUAUACAAAAUGCUGGGAUAUUUCUCGUUGGUGGGGCUUCUAAGACUCCACUCUUUAUUAGGAGAUUACUAUCAAGCUAUUAAAGUAUUGGAAAAUAUUGAAGUACACAAGAAGUCGCAAUAUGCCCACAUUCCCGCCUGCCAAAUAUCAACUUCGUACUAUGUAGGUUUUGCUUACAUGAUGAUGCGAAGGUAUUCCGACGCUAUAAGAACGUUUUCAUCAAUUUUAUUGUACAUACAGCGUACUAAACAAUUAUUUGCCUCCAAAACGUAUCAACAUGAUCAGAUUAACAAACAAACCGAUCAGAUGUAUCACUUGUUAGCGAUUUGUUUGGUUUUACAUCCCCAAUGUGUCGAUGAGUCAAUCCAGCAAGUCUUAAGAGAGAAAAGCUACCAUGAAAAGAUGUACAAAAUGCAGUACGGCGACUUAGCAGAGUUCGAGAACAGUUUCGUGUACGCGUGUCCUAAAUUUUUGUCCCCUUACCCACCUCCAAUCGAUUCCGUCUCAGGGGACUAUUCAAAAGAGGCUAUUCAGCACCAAACUGCCGUCUUUAUGGAUGAAGUGGCUCAACAGAAAAUGUUGCCGACCAUCAGAAGCUACUUGAAACUUUACACUACUUUGCCUCUGAGCAAAUUGGCCACUUUUAUGGCUCAAAAUAGCAGAAAUAACGAAGGAAGAGACUUGGAUAAGGAAAUCGAAUCUUUGGUUAUACAUUUAUUAUGCUUUAAGCAUAAGAUGAAGAAUGUUGUUUGGUCCAAAGGUGCCUCCGGUUUAGAAGGAAAGUUCCAGAGUGGAUCAGAGCUUGACUUCUACAUAGAUAAUGACAUGAUCCAUAUUGCUGACACCAAGGUAGCGCACAGAUAUGGAGAUUUCUUCAUUAGGAAGAUUAUUAAGUUUGAAGACCUCAACAGGAAACUUCACCAACUGAAAUUAUAAUUGUAUUUUCUAAAUUACAAGAAUAAACUUUUGUAAUACAAUCUAUAAACAUU